UUGGAACGACGUCUCGCAGGGCUUUGCGAUCCAGGAAGCGAAGAUUUCCACGAGCACGAGAUGUCAUUCAGUCUCCGAACCGGCGUCAACAUGUCGCCCGAUGUUUCCAUCAAAAUCCGCCGUCGCUUCAAACCCGACAUUGUUUUCCACAAUCAAUGGCUGUUUCGCUACAUCGGUGUGCCGGAACCCGACGCAAAAUGUCCGGUGAUUGUGAGAAAAGUGAUCAAUUCGAUUUGCUAUUCGCAAGAUUGUAUGACUUUCGCGAAAACUUUGGGGCUACGUAUGGAUUAUGAAUAUAUGGCGAAGGGAAAAUUGUGGACGAAGGGCAAUAUCAAAAUUGCCACGAAUAUUUUGUCGAGGACUGAAAGACCCGGACAAUAUGAUCCGGCUUCGAUUAAACCGGUUUCCGAUUCGGUUUUGGUGGAAAUUAGUUGUGCGUUGCCAGAAAGUGCUGAAUAUACUAUGGUGGGUGCCUGUUUUUGACAAAAAAAAUCCGAUUUUUGAGAAAAAAUCGAUAAUAAUUCGCCUUUCCAGGCGGCCAAACAAAUUCGCGACUUUGCCGAUCAAUUAAUGCCGCUAGUCUGCAUGGAAAAAGUGGAUUAUUGGAGAAAGUGAGUUGGCAAAAAUAGGAAUUCAAUCUGAAAUUUCGAAAUUUUCAGAUAUUGUUCAACUGGAACUGUUGCGAGUCAAUUGGGACCGAUUCCAGUGCCACCAAUGUGA